GGGGCGGGGCCGGGGGCGCGGCCGGGCGGUGGCUCCGGCGACUGCGGCCGCAUUGGAGUUGGAGAUCCGGACCGACUCGGGGACCCGGGCGGGCGCGGCGAUGCUGCAGCUGCGGGACUCGGUGGACUCGGCGGGCACGAGCCCCACGGCAGUGCUGGCGGCCGGCGAGGAGGUGGGGGCGGGCGGCGGCCCGGGCGGUGGUCGGCCGGGGGCGGGCACGCCGCUGCGCCAGACGCUGUGGCCGCUGAGCGUCCACGACCCCACGCGCCGCGCCCGCGUCAAGGAGUACUUCGUGUUCCGGCCCGGCACCAUCGAGCAGGCAGUGGAGGAAAUCCGCGUGGUGGUCCGACCCGUGGAGGACGGCGAGAUCCAGGGGGUGUGGCUGCUGACCGAGGUGGACCACUGGAACAAUGAGAAGGAGCGGCUGGUGCUGGUCACGGAGCAGUCCAUGCUUAUCUGUAAAUACGACUUCAUCAGUCUUCAAUGCCAGCAGGUGGUCCGCGUAGCGCUCAACGCAGUAGACACCAUCUCCUACGGGGAGUUCCAGUUUCCCGCUAAGUCGCUCAAUAAGCGAGAAGGUUUUGGUAUUCGAAUUCAGUGGGACAAGCAAAGUCGCCCUUCCUUCAUAAACAGAUGGAAUCCCUGGUCCACAAAUGUGCCCUAUACCACUUUCAUAGAACACCCGAUGGCUGGUGCUGAUGAGAAGACAGCGUCUCUGUGUCAGUUGGAAAGCUUCAAGGCUCUGUUAAUCCAAGCUGUCAAAAAAGCUCAAAAAGAAAACCCUCUGCCAGGACAAGGGCAGGGCGUGCUCAUCCUGGACCGGCCCCUGCUCAUUGAGACCUAUGUGGGACUGAUGUCCUUCAUCAACAACGAGGCUAAGCUGGGUUACUCCAUGACCAGAGGCAAAAUAGGCUUCUAGCCAGUGUGUUCUGGGAGCUCUUCUCUGUCCCCAGAAAGCCAAGUUGCUGGGGAGACUGGGGGCCUUUCAGUCCUCCCAAAGCUCCACUGCCAGCUGGAAGGACAGGGUCCCUUUACCUGUAGAGGUCUGAAUGCCAUUAGAAUAGUAAAGUGAAUUAUAUAUACUGAGUUGGAUAUCCGACAUCUGCUAUAAUAUGAGCUACAGACAAAAGCAAACACUCUAGCUGUCAUUGUGCUGCCAGUGUUCCACUUCCUGCAACUUCGGUUCUGGGUGUUUUCCUCCCAUGUCUGCUUGGCUUCUUGUGGCUCUCCCCAUCCUGACCACUUCAGCAUGCCGAGAUGCCGCCAGCCCUCAGCCCCCUGCAGCCUAUAGAUCAUUAAAUACAGGGAGGUACCUGGUACCUCGAGUGCCUGCAGUUGCAAAUACGUUUACACUUGGUGUCAAAUUUUGUAUUUUGAAAUUUAAUCCAUUUUUUAAAUAAGCUAAUAGAAAAGAAGCCAGCAGACUGGUUAACCAAGCAAGAUACAGUCUGUGCCUUGUCAGCCUCUGAAUGAAUAAUUGUUCUUUUGUAAAUGUGUUUGACCUAAGUCACACUCUUUCUAAAAUUAAUCCAAGUUGUGUUAAUACUUAAUGGCAUCUUUCCCAGGCCCCAAAAGGUUUACAUACAGAGUCAUUUUAACAGUUUAUUAAUUUGAGAAAGUCACCUUGGUCUUGGAUACAGCUUUGACAAGUGUAUAUUCUGAGUUCGUACUGUUAUAUUCAUACUUAAAAGGGAAUUGAGUAGUUUGCUUUUUAAAGAAUGCACUUUAAAAAAAGAACCCUAUCAGAUCCUUAUGGAGCAGCUAGUGCCUGGCUUGGUUCCCACAGCGCCCGCGUAGCUCUGAGGGUCUCCCAGCGUGGGGACCCUGUACACCUCGCUAUAGCCACACGCCAGCUUGCUUGCGUAACUGGAAGUGUUUGUCUAUAAAUCAGUUUCUUCCUUUUAUUUACAACUCUGUUGUAGCUUUGAGCUACCCAGGGUGGUAUGAUCAGAAUGCAGGAGCCACCGGAGCUCACAGAGGCUGCUCUGAAGCUCACUUGGGACUUUAGCCUUGGUUUUUGUUACCUCUAUAAAAAUAUUUAGAACCAA